AUCUCACUACAGGAAGUAAGGAGGUGGUGUGUUCUUUUCAGUCGGUGGUGUAGCGAUUAAAGCUAACUAUAACACGGUGCAACCACAGCUACUGAUGUGAAGUUAUGGCAUAUCAGACUGCCGAGACGGUUUCAUCAGCAACCUGAUUCGUCAGAUAUGUUGGUUGACAAAUUUUCUGUGUCACCGUCGACUGUAAAACGACAUCGCGGACGAAUCACUAGCUAGAACAACAGCAAGCUGAGUAGUAUGCUGGACGUGGGGAAGUGGCCAGUAUUUGCACUCCUCCCUCCUGAGGAACUACGGCUUAUCCGGCAGGCUUGUGUCUUUGGCAGUGCUGCAAAUGAAGCCCUCUAUGUCACAGUUAAUGAUGAGGUAUUUGCUCUGGGCACCAACUGCAGCGGCUGUUUAGGGCUCGGAGACCUUCAAAACACUAUUGAGCCACGCAGGAUUGAUGUCUUGUGUGGAAAGAAGAUUGUGUCCCUAAGCUAUGGAACAGGACCACAUGUGGUUAUUGCCACUGCAGACGGAGAGGUGUUUGCUUGGGGCCACAAUGGUUACAGCCAACUUGGCAAUGGGACGACCAACCACGGACUGACCCCUGCCCUGGUGUCUACAAAUCUCCUUAGCAAGAGAGUGACAGAGGUGGCCUGUGGCUCCCACCACACUAUUGCCCUCACAACUGAUGGAGAGGUGUACGCAUGGGGUUACAACAACUCAGGCCAAGUCGGUUCAGGGUCUACUGCCAACCAGCCGACACCACGCCGGGUCAGCAGCUGCCUGCAGAACAAAGUGGUGAUAAACAUAGCCUGCGGACAGCUUUGCUCAAUGGCUGUUCUGGACAAUGGAGAGAUCUAUGGUUGGGGCUACAAUUGCAAUGGACAGCUAGGUUUGGGCAACAACGGAAAUCAGCAGACACCCUGCAGGAUCGCUGCCCUCCAAGGUGUCAGCAUCAUCCAGGUUGCCUGUGGAUAUGCACAUACGUUGGCACUUACAGAUGAAGGUUUUGUUUACGCCUGGGGAGCCAACUCAUAUGGACAAUUGGGAACGGGCAAUAAGAGUAACCAAGCUCUCCCCACUCAAAUAAACACAGACAAGGAGAGGAUGGUGGAGGUGGCCGCAUGUCACACCAGCCACACGUCAGCCGCCAAGACCCAGAGUGGACAGGUUCUGAUGUGGGGUCAGUGUCGAGGUCAAGCUGUGGCCAGCCCCCACCUCACCCAUUUCAGCAGCACGGACGAUGUGUUUGCGUGCUUCGCCACACCUGCAGUCACAUGGCACCUCCUCUCAGUAGAUGGCGAUGACUACCUGACUGUGGCCCAGUCUCUGAAGAAGGAGUUCGACAGCCCGGAGAUUUCAGACCUGAAGUUCUUGGUUGAUGGGAAGUGUAUCCAUGUUCACAAAGCCCUGCUGAAAAUCAGGUGUGAGCAUUUUCGUGCACUACUGAACGAAACAGAUGAGGACGCUAUAGAAAUCCACCAGUUCUCGUACCUGGUGUACAGAGCCUUUCUGGAGUACCUCUACACAGACACUAUAAACCUGCCACCAGAGGACGCUAUUGGGUUGCUAGAUUUGGCUACGUUCUACCGGGAGACGAGGCUGAAGAGGCUGUGCCAGGAAACGAUCAAGAGAGGCAUCUCUGAGGAGAACGCCAUCACUCUGCUGUCUGCUGCUGUCAAGUAUGAGGCGCGGGACCUGGAGGAGUUCUGCUUCAAGUUUUGCGUCAACCACCUAACAGCUGUCACGCAGACCCAGGCCUUUGCAGACAUGGACCACGACCUGCUCAAGAACUUCAUUAGCAAAGCCAGCCGCUACGGGGCCUUUAAAAACUGACUAGCGUGCCCCCUUCGACACGACGAGGUUUAAGCUCACUGAGGUCCUGAGAGCCGACCGCAGACCAAAGUAGACCGUAGGCCAAAGUACGCACAAGGCUGAUCAGUGCUUCAAAGACUUGUCGCUUUGGGAUGCAAACACUGCAGAGGCGAGUUGUUUAAGGUGUCACCCUCUAACUGAUGCUCCUGGGUUACGGCCCUAAACCUCGCCCCAAACACACCGGUUGCUCGGGGGGUAAAUACACCACUUGUCCGGUCACAAGCAGACAGUGAUGAGGCCGAAUAGAGAGAUGCGCCACAGUGGUCGUCUCUUUGUCAUCUUUGUGUUACCGAUCGUGUGCUCGGCUGAUUCAGCGUCUGAUUUGCUUGAUUGAGCUUGUCACCAGACGGGUGAAGUGCACGGGGCUCUCCCCACGGCGGCAGCCCGCUCAGACAGGAUACCUGACAAUACUGCAUCCUAAACAUAGUUCACGCUUAUGAUCAGUGUGUAUAUUGUUCUUUAGUACAUAUCUGAUCGGUAGUGACAGGAAGUGAUCAGCUAAAAACAAGUCGGCCAAUAACUGACCUUACACAUUGUGCUGCUUUUCUUUUAAGCCUUGAUUCUCAAACUUUCUGGAUUGAGAAGUAGUAUUCAACGAGGAAAAACAUGCAAGCUUUUCUUCUGUUUUACAAAACCGCAACUUACGUUUGACACCUUUUUUCUGAAAGAUUAUAGUUUGUGUCGAAUCAGUGAUGAUAUCUGUACUCUUGCAUAGGUCAGUGUUAAAUUUUGCCACUUUGUUUUACGUUGUAGUUAUUCGCCUUUGCCAUCCGAAGUUCUAGUUACUGUUUGAGGUUUGUAUUGGCUUAAGUUUGCAACUGUUUUUGCUGUAGACAGUUGCAGCAGACUUGAUAGAAAAAGUGGCAGUCAGUUACACAUUACGAGAGAUAAUGACAUCCUACUGGAUGUUUUCUUUUGUUCAGAUUAAUCCUCCACUGGAAACAGUGUCUGACUUAAACAAGCAUACUGAUUCCGGUGUAGCCUGUUCACGAUGUUACACUGUCUUUGCAGCUGAUUUUACAGUUGUGUUUCAUUGCAGUUUGGUAUGUUUACACAAGUUUGGUUGUUCAUUGUGUUUUUUUUUUUGUUUUUUUUUUUUUUUAAUAUGUUGGCAGCAAACUUCUGGUUCUUUUUACAAGUGUUUCUUUAUAUCUCUCCCCUGGUAGCACCUUGUGGUAAUUAAAUGGUGCUAGCUUAGUGUACAUGCCAUCCGUGACCAUGUUGAAUAUAGCCCAAGUCUCAUACAGUGGAGGACCACAACGUCUUUAAAUGUAGUUACCAGAUAAUUCCACAUCAUAUUCCUAAAUCCGUCUAUAGAGAAUGUAACAGAAUGCUUCUACUUUAACAAGCCUAUUGUUGUAUUUUUUUGGGAAGAUUUUGAUAAUUACUAAAAAAAAAUGCCUGUUUGCUCUCAUUUUGUAUGGAAAAAGCUGUACACUGCUGACAGUGACACUAAUGAUAACAUUUGACAAUCUGAAAUGUAUUAAAAUGAAUAACUGCAUAAUUUGAUGUAUGAAUUAUUGCUGCGAUUGGGGGUCUGUUAUGGUACGAUUUACAGCCUUUACGUACAUGUAUAUGCAAUGUAAAUGAUAGUGUAGAAAAUAUACGGCCCAUACUGUACCCUUUUUCUUUUCUUUUUGUGGGCGAAUGUUCAGCUGGCUACAAGUUGCAAAACACAAACUGUGGUA